UCUAACCCAAAACAAUGAAUCAUCAAAUCUCAUCUCAUGCAAUUCCACCAUUUAAUUAUCCUUGAUUACAGGCAAUAACACAUGGUUUCCUGCUUAAUUUAUCACCACCCACUUUCUAAUCUACAAUAUUUAACUGAGUUUUCAAUGUGUUCAUCAUUGCAGUCACAUCUUCCUUCUUGUAUAUAAUUUAUAUAUAUAUAUAGACAGUUAGACAUACAAAUUCUACUUCAAAAGUGAAUUGAUCAGAGAGAGGUAGGGAAAUGGCUAACCAAGAGAAGCUAAAGAAAGGAUUCAUGUCUUUCUAUAAGUCCGCCGCCGCUAAAAUUAAUCACAAGCCAAAGUCUCAGCCAGUAGUUAAACACGUGACAGAAAUUCCACCAAAUAAACCACUUCCAGUACUGUCGCUGCCGUCACAUAAGUUGUUAUUAAAGAAGCAACUGGAAAUCUGUGAGGAAAGUGAGGAUGGUGAUCAGCGCAGAGGAGGAGGAGGAAAUUUGGUUGAGGCGAGAAAGUCAGUGUCUCACGUAGAAACAAAUGUGGCAUCAGUGAUUGCAUUUCUUCAAGUGAAGGUGUUGGUGUCUGAUAUGCCUGGAUUCAUGCAGGCCCAUGCCUUCAGAAUUGCCCGGCGAACCUAUGAUACCUUGGAGAAGUUCAGCUCCAAGCACAUUGCUUUUAACAUUAAAAAGGAGUUUGAUAAAAUGUAUGGUCCGGCUUGGCAUUGCAUUGUUGGUGCAAGUUUUGGCUCCUUUGUCACCCAUUCAACAGGUUGUUUUCUAUACUUUUCAAUGGAGAAACUGUAUAUUCUAGUGUUUAAAACAAAAGUUCAGAAAGCUUUAGAUUGAUGAGAUCAUAGAUUCAUUGGAGAAACUAAUGAUUAUUCAUAUCAUUUGAAUUUUUUCUUCUGUUUCUAUGAUCAGUUGAUUAAUUACAUGAUUUCUCUAAGUUUGU